AUGGCAAGGACAAGCCAAGCUGGCACCAUGAACACCUCCAUCUUCCUGUGCUUCUUGAUCAUCCUGCUCACCAGGGGCUCUCCAGCAGCAUGUGCUGGAGACAACAGCUCUGCAUCCCACAGCACAGGCAGCACUGCAGAGAAACCUGUCCUGUUGGACAACGUUGCAGAUGCUGAAGCUUUCAUCAGUGGGGCAGAGGUGGCGGUCAUUGGAUUCUUCCAGGAACCUGAGAGCCCCGAAGCAUCCCAGUUUCUCCUGACAGCUGGCCGGAUCCCGGAGGUGCCCUUCGGCCUCAGCACCAGCCCCGCGGUCCUGUCCCACUACGGCGUCGAGGCGAACACCGUCACGCUAUUUCGCAUGGUAGACAACCAGCGGAGGGAUCUGGAUAUGAACAAUGAUAUUGAUGCUGAGAAGAUGACUUAUUUCGUUCGGAUCAAUGAGCUCCGCCUGGUGACAGAGUACACCCCUAUGACAGCAAUAGGUGUGAUGCAGAGUUCGUUCCAGCUUCACCUUCUCCUGGUCAUAGACAAAACAUCCCCAAAGUACCCUGAGGAAAUGCGCAGAUAUCGGGAGGCAGCAGAACUCUUCAAGGGAAAGAUUCUCUUUAUCCUGGUAGACAUUAAUUUGAAGAGCAAUGAACGAACAGUGUCAUUCUUCAAACUGAAGAAGUCCCAGCUGCCCGCUCUGGCUAUAUUCAACGCACCAGAUGAGGAGCAGGACGUCUUGACUCUGGAUGAAGUCUCCGUUGAGCGUGUACAGGACUUCUGUAAUGGUUUCAUAGAAAGAAUGGAGAAGGCAGCCCAGGAUCUCCAGCUGCCCUCAGUGGAAAGAGAUGACACAGCAAGAAAGACAGAGUGACAGAUUCCUCCCUGCACUGGCACAAUGCGUGUUCUUAUCAUCCUUACACUCCUGGCUGUUAUUGUGAUGGCUGCUACUUGCUAUGAGUCCCAUGAGAGCAUGGAAUCCCAUGAGUAUCUCAAUCCCUUCAUCAACAGGCGAAGGGCCAAUGACUUCAUACAAGCUGACUCGAGACUAGGAGCCAUCACUCAGGAGAGGAUCAGGGACCGUAGUAAAACACGCUAUGAACGUCAGAGGGAGACCUGCGAGGACUACUACCCCUGUGUACUGUACUCUUUACGUCAUGGCUAUGCUGCUGCUUACAGGCACUACUUUGGGAGGCAGAGAACCAAGUAAAGGAUGACCUAAACCCACCCUGGGUCCUGGAGCCCAGGGUAUCUUCCGAGAAAAUGCAGUGGUUCUGAAACAUACUCAGUUGCUUAUGUCCCUGUAUGUUAUCCUGCCUGCUGCUUCUCUCCCUUGUAGCCAUGGAAUCCUAUACUGUGCUAAUUAGCCCUGAGCUGAUGUAGCAGAGAUCAGAUAGAAUUCAAGAUGUGGGUGUUUACUACACAAUAAAUUGCUGGUUUGAUACUAUC